AUGACGGACAACCAUCACGAUACGCGGCUAGUGCCGCAGCAUCAACGUAUUAUAACCUCUAGUCAGUGGGUUUUUGAUAAGAACAGAGAUGAACCUUCUUCUUCAACGCCGAUUCAUAGUAGCAGUAGCUGCGCAAGCAGUUUGGCAAAUAGCGGUAGUCUGGAUCACAGGACACACCAUGUCCAAAUAAAGCCAAAAUCGUCACCAACAUCUUCGGUGGAUAAGGAGGCACGUAAGAAGGCAAAGGAGUUAGAGAAUAUGAAACUACAAAUGGAGUAUAAUACAGCAAGACAGGAGAACGAUAAGUUGAAAAAUGUAAUUUCCAAAUUGAAGCAAGAGGUUGACACUUAUACCAAAAUUCUAGAUGAAAGGGCAAGGCUGCCGAACAAACAAUUACAAAAUGCACCACCGAUGUCAAGUCUGUUGAUAAAUAGUAAUGCGAAAAGGAGGAAAAAAACUACUUCAAGAGACAACAAACAACAAAUAAAACAGGAACCAGUUCCAUCACAAGUACCCAAGGAGGGGGGACCUAAACAAGAUUUGGAUUUAAGUAUAAAUCCAUCUUUGACUUUCCCACAAUCUGGGCUGCCUAAUAUUAUCCCAACGAACAAAAUAAUGACCAAUGAUGUCAUGUUUGGUGCAUUAAAUUCAGAUACAAAUAUGAAUAUUAGUGGUAGUAGCGAUAGGCCCAACCCGAUGGCGAAGAGGCAGACCAAAUCGAAGAAAAAUGCCAAGAAUGGUGGUAACAGUGCGGAUAAUGUCAGUCCCGACGACAUUAUGUUAAUGCAUACAUUGACUGACGUGCUGUCGCAUAUGGAGUGA